ACACUGAGGGAAAAAUCCCGUUGCGAAAUCAAGCACGUAUGUUGUCAUUUUCGCAACGACCCGUUGUUAUAUUUUUCAACAACGGCUGUUGGUGAAUUGUGCACGAACGUGCUCAAAUUGACACCGAGACGUGGUCAACUUUCGGUACCAACAACAGCCGUGCUUAAUUUGUCCAUUUGUAAUAUUGGUAAUUGCAGCCGAUUACACACGAGUAAAAAAUGACAACGGUGGUGCAUGAUUCACACACGGUCGUUGUCAAUAUGACACCGGUCGUGUAUGAAUUAUGCACCACCACCUGCAUAAUGAUGCACCACCGUUGUUACUUUGUACACCGACGUGCAUGAAUCGUACACGAUCGUUGCCAUUUUAGCAACUACCGUGUAUGAAUCAUGCACCACCGUUGUCAUUUUUUUUACUCGUGUGCAAUCGGCUGCAUAUUUACCAUUUUUUCCGUGUUAUUGAAAGAGAAAGGACGCAUUGUGCAAAAAAUUUAUUGAAAAUGAAUAAUAAUUCGCAAGAUCCUCAAAAUAUCAUUGGUGAGUUGUUAGAAAUCGAUGGCAAUAUUGUUGUGGUUCGCGAUACAAACCAUUGCAGCAGUCAAGAUGCGGAAAACAAUGAGGACGAUUAUAUGUUAAGGGAGUUCUUAAAAGGAAUAAAUAUGGAGUCGCUUUUUGAACAAUUAAAAGGUAAGUAAAUAAAAAUGAAUUUUUCAGUUAAUCAGUGUAAUUAACAAAGAAUUUUCUUUUUUGUUCUUUUAGCAUCACAUGUAACAUUUCGCAGCUUGCAGUACUUGAAAAAAGAAGAUUUAAAGGAAGCAGUGCCACCAUUGGGACUGCGUGUUGAAUUCAGAGAAAAGCUCUUUGCUUGGAAAAAACGAAAGGUACGUAUUAUUUGUUUUACAGAGUUGAACUCAGUAUUAAUAUUGUCAUAACAAUAGCUCGGGAUUGAUGACGAAACUAUGUCAGUUCCAUCUAAAAUAGGUGAAUGGUGGAAACGCAACGAGACACCUGCAAGUACUCCUGGUACUCCCGACACUACAGGUUCGAACUGCUCAAAAGCCAAAGGAAUUUUGUCAGAGGAUCUAACGGAAUUGUUAACACAUACCUCGAAGGGGAAACUAGCGCUUGAAUGUAGUAGCGUUAAUAAGAAAUUAAGUGACGAGCAAAGAGAUGAUAUAAUUAAUAUAAUUAUUGAAGAUAUUUUAACCAACAAUGUUACUCUUUACACUCAAGACUAUAUGCGCAUAUUGGAUGAAAUUUGUUCCGUUUUUCCUCUUGAAAACGAAAUGAGGGAUUAUUAUUACAUUUCAAGAAAAGGAAAGAACAACGCAAGCGGAAAACUUUAUGCCAAGUAUAGAAACAAGAAGUCCAAAAGAAUAAAGCUUUUGAUUUCCGAGCCUAGCACAAGCAAAGCAGCAACUCACACAUCUCCUAAUUUUUGUAACAAAGAUGUUCCCGAAAUUGAUGAAUCAGUUGAAAAUUCAUUGAAAGCUUCCUUACUAAGAGAAUGUAAUGAUUGGGGAUCGAUCUGCGAAAAAUGGAAAAGAUCUUUUAACAUACGGCAAAGAGAUAUAAAAAAUUUAAGUAGCCAUACAUUUCUCCUUGAAUGGACGAAGUUGUCCGAUGCAAGAGCUUCAGAAUUGGUCAACAUUGAUUUCGAUAUUAUGUAUCCACAGAAAGGCAAUCUUCUACUUUCUAAAUGGGACCAAUUUAAGAAAAAAAUUUACAAUUAUUAUGGGAAAAAUAUUCAUAACGAACAUUGCAAACAACUCUUCGCAAAUGUUUUGACGGCAAGCAGCAUAGGUAAAUUUUAAUUCCUGAUUUAUCAUAAACAUUAAAAGUAAUAUUUAUUUUAUAUUUCGGUUGCAGAUGCUCAAGAUUAUAUAUACGCAAUACUGUUGAAUUCAGUUUUACCAUCACCUGCUAGGUUUAAAUGUGGAAACGGUAAAUUACGAAAAAAAGUAACAAUAGCUGAUUCGCAGGAAAGUUUCGUACUGCGACUACCGACAAUUAACGAUUAUAAAAGGCAAAUUGAUACAGUCACUGAAAAGUAUUACAAUGCUGGAUUAACUAUACAGCCAUUUAUAAUUGUGGAGGGUUUGUCCGAUUUCAAUAUAAAAGGUUUUUAUGUUUUUUUUAACCACAAUUUGUUAAAAUUUCAAUCGUUCCUCGAAUGUUUAGAUACAUGUUAUAAAAUUUUUCAUGCACUUUCUUUAAAAUAUCCAAAUGCCUGCCAAAUUCCAUGGAUUUUUAUCCAAAAAUAUUUUUAUGAAAUUAAUACUGUAUAUGAUAUAAAAUCAGUUAAUUUGACUUCACUUAUUAAUUUCUGCAACAAUAAUUAAAGUACAAUUCAAAAUGUAUAUUUGCUUUCGUUGCCGUAAGCAUUUUGAUAAGGCAAAUCUUUUAAUAGCUCAUUUGAAAACAGACCAUUUAAUGUCCACUAAAUUUUUAAAAGUACAAUGCGUUCAGGACAACUGUAAGCAAACAUUUACAAAAUUUACGUCAUUCAGAAUUCAUUUAGAAAAACUUCACAAGAAUCACACAAAAGCUCCACCAAUGGUUAAAGCCAUUAAUGUGCCAGUUGAAAUGUCAUCAUCAAAAGAAAAUGAUUAUACAAACAGUGAAACUGUUAUUAACAACAAUACAAUAGAAAAGGAUUUAAA